GGUUCCAAUGAAAGAACAAGGUCACCAAGAUCCGAUGACAAUGGCAACGAUUCUGUGUCUCCAAAAAAAUUUCGUACUGAUUCUGAAAAUUACCAAUAUUCUAAGAGGUGAUGGUAUAAGCUUGAUCUAUGUUGAAAACAAGUCCAUUACGCCAACCAAUCUUGGUCAGUAGCAAUGUCUUCUUCCCUGCACACAGACGAAAUUACGGAUCUUUUUAUUUUUUCUUUUCUUUUCGUAUAGACUACAUAUGUAUAUUAAAUCUUAGUCCGAGAAUAUUCAUUGAUACGAAUAUCGAGAAUAGCUGAUUGCCGAUAUCCAAGGGAAAAAAUAUGGAGUCUAAAAUACCCUACAUUUCUCAACCUAUUUAUGAUUUAAAACAAACUGGUGAUGUGAAAUUUGGACCCGGAACUAGAUCAGCAUUAUUAGGGUUACUUGGUGGCGCUUUACCAAAGUUGUCUUCAGAACAACACGACACCGUUAGAAAAGCAAAAAAAUAUGCUAUGGAACAAAGCAUAAAAAUGGUUCUUAUGAAGCAAACCCUGGCUCAUCAACAACAGCAAUUGGCUUCUCAGCGAACGCAAGUACAGAGGCAACAAGCUUUGGCACUUAUGUGUAGGGUUUAUGUUGGAAGUAUAUCAUUUGAACUGAAAGAAGAUACAAUACGAGCUGCAUUUCUUCCAUUUGGACCUAUAAAAUCGAUUAAUAUGUCAUGGGACCCAAUAACUCAAAAACAUAAAGGUUUUGCCUUUGUUGAAUACGAAAUACCUGAAGGUGCUCAACUGGCAUUGGAACAAAUGAAUGGAGCUUUAAUGGGUGGUCGUAAUAUUAAAGUAGGUCGCCCCAGUAAUAUGCCGCAAGCUCAACAAGUAAUUGAUGAAAUACAAGAAGAAGCGAAAAAUUUUAAUCGAAUUUACGUGGCCUCCAUUCACCCUGAUUUAUCUGAAGAAGACAUUAAAAGCGUUUUUGAAGCUUUUGGUCCAAUAUUGUAUUGCAAAUUGGCACAGGGAACUUCCUUACACACACACAAGGGAUAUGGAUUUAUUGAAUAUGCAAAUAAACAAGCCAUGGAUGAAGCAAUAGCAAGCAUGAAUCUUUUUGACCUUGGUGGCCAACUCCUAAGGGUUGGCCGUUCAAUAACUCCACCAAAUGCAUUAGUGAGCCCAGCUGCAAACUCAACCAUGCCUACAGCUGCUGCUGUGGCGGCAGCAGCUGCAACUGCUAAAAUUCAAGCAUUAGAUGCAGUUGCAAGUAAUGCGGUUCUUGGUUUAGCAGCCGCUACACCUUCCCUCGGAAUGUCGCCACUUACCGCUAAAGUAGCUACUUUGCCACUAUCAACACCUGGAAAUAGUUUACAUUCCGCUAUUUCUCUACCCACAACUGCUGGUGCUUCGUUUAUAUCCACUGGUAUGUUCCAAACUCCAAGUAUUGCUUCAAAUAUUAUUGCUGCUUCAGCUUUGCAAGCAGUUUCUACACAAGCUAUUAAUGCUGCUACAAAAUCAAUAAUAGGUUCAGGUUCUAAUGUGACUGUUCCAAUUAUUGGUAAAUUUAAUGCAGGAGUUUCAGAAGUAGCCCCUUUGACAACACUUCCCGGUCCAGUUGUGUCAUUAGCUAAUGCUAAUGCAACACCUCAACCAAGCGUCAUAACUAAUCAGCCAGAUCAAAUGAAAAAACCUCAUGACAAACAACAAGAAGAAUUUCAAAAAAAAAUUUUGGAAGAGGGAGAGACGCAAACUCUACAACAACAAGAAAGCAUGUCUAUAAAAGGUCAAAGUGCCCGACAAUUUGUUAUGCAGCGUCUAAUGAGGCCACAAGAAUCGAAAGUUAUAAUACUACGUAACAUGGUUGGACCAGAAGAUGUGGAUGAAACACUUCAAGAAGAAAUUCAGGAAGAAUGUACUAAAUUUGGAAAUGUCAGUCGCGUUAUUAUAUUUAAUGAAAAGCAAACGGAAAAUGAAGACGACGAUGAAGCUGAAAUUAUUGUUAAAAUUUUUGUUGAGUUCUCUACAAAUGCUGAAGCUACUCGUGGUAAAGAUGCAUUGCAUGGUCGUUUCUUUGGGGGUCGUCGAGUAAUUGCAGAGCUAUAUGAUCAAUCGUUAUUUGACCACGGAGAUCUGUCCGGUUAAUAAAACUACUUCUAUUAGUGGAGUAUUACUCAGCUUAUAUUCUAAUAAAAAUGUAUACCAACACUAAAA